AUGAGGCCAGUAAAACAAAAGAAGCAUCGGCUUAGGCCAGAAUGGGAAGAAAAGAUAGCUCAAGAGGUGAAAAAGCUCAUUGAGGCUGAUUUCAUUGAAGUAAUUGAGUAUCCUGAGUGGUUAGCCAACAUUGUGCCAGUCCCCAAGAAGGAUGGGCGAGUUCUGAUGUGUGUAGAUUAUAGGGACCUGAAUAAGGCUACUCUUAAGGAUGAUUUCCCAUUGCCUCACAUCGAUGUGCUUAUUGACAGUGCUGCUUGCAUGGCCAUGUACUCUUUCAUGGAUGGUUUUUCGGGAUAUAAUCAGAUCCUCAUGGAUUUGAUAGAUAAAGCAAAGGCAGCUUUUAUCGCUGAAUGGGGGACUUAUUGUUAUAAGCUACUAAGAAAGAAUCAGCCAGUGGUGUGGAAUAAGCAAUGUCAAGAGGCAUUUGAAAAGAUAAAGCAGUACCUGAGCAAUCCACCAGUUUUAUCACCACCCAUCCCUGACAUCGCUCUAAUCCUCUACCUAUCAGUGGAAAACAUGGCCCUGGGGGCAAUGUUGGCACAAGAAGUAGAGAAUCUGGAGAGAGCCAUUUAUUACAUUAGUAAGAAACUCCUUGCUUAUGAGGAGAAUUAUUCACUAAUAGAAAAAACCUGUCUGGCUGUAGUAUGGGCAACUAAGAAGUUAAGGCACUACUUUCAGACCCAUCAAGUUAUUGUAGUAUCCCAGAUGGAUCCUUUAAAGUACCUAUUCGAAGUACCGACGCUAGUUGGAAAAUUGGCCAAAUGGUUGGUCCUACUAUCUGAAUUUGAUAUUGUGUAUGAGACUCGAAAAACCAUCAAAGGGCGUGUAGUGGCCGAAUUUCUUUCUGAAAAUCCAGUUAAUGAAGAGGAAGAAGUCGAAACAGCCUUCCCGGAUGAGAGUCUCAAGCUAGUAGAGGUCCAGCCAUGGAAAAUGUACUUUGAUGGGGCCAUGAAUAAGAACGGAGCCGAAGCAUUAAUAGCUGUUGGGGUUAAAAAAGUGGAGGUGUUUGGAGAUUCAAUGCUAGUAGUUUCCCAUAUUAAAGGUGAAUGGGAAUUGAAAGAAGAAAAGUUGAGGCCAUACCUGGAGUAUGCUAAGAAACUAUUAUUUAGCUUUGAGGAAGUGACAAUGAAGCAUAUGCCUAGAGCUCAGAACCAGAUGGCUGAUGCUCUAGCCACGCUGGCAUCCUUAUGGGAGAAGGGUGAUCAGAAGUUGACCCAGCCAGUUAUCUUGAUGAGGAGUAGAAUCCCAUGCUAUGAAGGGUUAAUAAUAGCACAUUUAGAUCUAGAAGAUGAGAUGAAAUGGUAUGAGGACAUAAGAAGAUAUUUAGAGGUAAGAGAAUACCCACAGUCAGCCAAUAGUAGGGAUAGAGCUACAAUUCGUAGAUUAGCCACUCAAUUCAAUUUGGCUAGGGGGCAACUCUACAAAAGGUUCUUCGAAGGACUAUUGCUCUUGUGUGUGACAAAAAAGCAGUCUGAGCAGAUAAUGGAGGAAGUACAUGCAGGAGUGUGUGGUCCUCACAUGAACGGAAGGUAUGACUUCACCGUGGCCUUUCUCAAUAUGGGGCAUAGAUAUUAUUGGGAAGAUUUCUCCCACGGCUUCUAA